AGGCGAGCGGCGGAGCCCCCGGGCGCGCGAGGCAUGCUGGAGAUGGCCACCGACAAGGAGACCUUCCUCGUCCCGGCCCCGCCGCCGCCCCUCAAGCCCCCGCCCAGAGGAGGAGGAGGCGGGGCCAGCGCAGAGGAGGUCCUGCCGGUCAGGCUCCGUCUGGGGGACGCGCCGUCGGAAGGAGGCGGCGGCGGGGAGGGCCCCGGCGCGCAGCAGCACCAGGCGGCCGCCCCGGAGCAGUGCAGCGGAGCCCCGCCGGAGGAGGCGGAGGACAGCGUGGCCGAGCUCCAGCGGCCCCGCAACGGCUUCCAGCCCCACCAGAAGCCCCCCGGCGGCGGCAAGAGGCGCAACAGCUGCAACGUAGGCGGCUUCAAGCACCCGGCCUUCAAGCGCCGCCGCCGCAUCAACUCCGAGUGCGACCCGGUCCUCCCCUCCGAGUUCCUGCUGGGGGGCAACAUCUUCGACCCCCUCAACCUCAACAGCCUCCUGGACGAGGAGGUCAACCAGGCCCUCAACGCCGAGACCCCCAAGUCGUCGCCCCUGCCGGCCAAGGGCCGCGACCCCGUGGAGAUCCUCAUCCCCAAGGACAUCACCGACCCCUUGAGCCUCAACAACGCCCAAGAGGACCCCCAGGUGCUGGCCUCCCCCGCCAAAGCUGGGCGCAAGCGGCACCGCCACCGCGGGGCACAGCGGGCCGCCAGCAACGCCGAGGCGGGCAAGGCGGCCCCCUCCUGCAAGUCGUGCCAGAAGGCGUGCAACGGGGCCACCCCGCAGCCUUACGAACUGAACACAGCCAUCAACUGCCGGGACGAGGUGGUGUCCCCCUUGCUGCCGGGGAGCGGGGAGGGGCAGCGGGGCCAGGUGGCCUCUGGCGGCAUCACCCCCUCUUGUGCUUCCGUGGCCUCUUCCACGGGUGGCAGCGGCAGCCGCCACCAUCACCACCACCGCAAGAGGCGCAGGACUUGUAGCAAGUCGGAGGGGGCCGCAGGAGCGAGGCACCCGGGGGCGUCGAGCGAAGCACCUUACCGAAGCAGUCCAGACAGGGGACGGAGCGCGCCCAGGUGCCGGCACCAGCCGCCCCCUUCUGCUCAGCAGCCUCGGCGGCAGGCACAGCACAAGUUCCAGUACGGCAACUAUUGCAAGUACUACGGUUACCGCAACCCGGACUGCGAGGACUCCCGGCUGCGGGUGAUGAGGCCGGAAUGGUUCCAGGGGAAAGAGGUGCUGGACGUGGGUUGCAACGUGGGGCACCUCACUUUGAGCGUGGCCAAGAAGUGGGCUCCCCGCAGGAUGGUGGGCGUGGACAUUGAUGGGGCCCUCAUCCACUCAGCGCGCCAGAACAUCCGGCACUACCUUUCGGAGGAGAUCCAGGUGCAGCAGCAGGCUGGUGGUGCCAAGGGCGAGGGCACUGGCCUGGCCAAGAAGACCUUCCCUGCGUCCCUCAUGGCCAGCCGAGGCCCCAUUGCUGCCCCCAGGGUGCCUCAGGAGGGGGCGGAUGCCGCCAUCUUUCCCAACAAUGUAAUCUUCGUCAAGGGCAACUACGUCCUGGAGCGCGACGAACUGCUGGAGGCCCAGAAGCCGGAGUACGACGUGAUCCUCUGCCUCAGCCUCACCAAGUGGGUGCACCUCAACUGGGGGGACGAGGGGCUCAAGCGCCUCUUCAAGCGCCUCUACCGCCACCUGCGGCCUGGUGGCCUCCUGCUGCUGGAGCCCCAAGCGUGGGCUUCCUACGGCAAGAGGAAGAACCUGACGGAAACCACCUGCAGGCACUUCCACCGCAUCAAGCUGAAGCCUGACCAGUUCCCCUCAUACCUGACUUCACCUGAAGUAGGUUUUUCCAGCUACGAAUUGGUGGCCACGCCCAGGCACACCUCCAAAGGAUUCCAGCGGCCCAUCUAUCUCUUCCACAAGGCUCCCCCGAGAGCACCCUGAGGAACCGGCGCCUGGGCUCGAGAGCCAGUUUGCGGCUGGACUCCCGCUCACCUUUCUGGGCCACCAGAGACAUUGCUCGGACAAGGCUGGACGGAGAGCGCAGGUUGGCCGCCUGCGCCCCUGGAGUCAGUUGGAGCUGCCUGACCCGUGGGGCUCCAGUCGGGUUGCCUGCGACUGGCAGGGAGCACAGAACAGAGCGAGCGGAGAUUGCCUGGAGCUGCACCGAGAUCCUUACGUGUGCGAGGAGGGGAGAGGGGAGCGGGCAGGUGAUGUGCCUCGGGGUGGGGUGGGGGGGCUGGCUGGCUUCCUCCCAGCGGGCGAUCCUGAGCUCAUCACCCAAAAUGGAACAAAUGACACACAAGCCAUUGUGCUCUUUGUCUGUUUAGGAGCAAAGUUGACACCCCCAGGAGCUGUGGAAUUCCCUGUGGUGGAGGGGGGGGGGGGCAAAAAGGGGAGCAACUCCUCAGCAGUGGGGGGGGGGGGGAGCUACUUUCCCUGGCAGGGCAGGACAGCAGAGGAGCCCAGGUUGUGGCACAGAGGGAGGGGCUGUGCUGUUCUUUGCCUGUGAGACUGAAGCUUCUCCCCCCCUUCCUGAGCAGGGCAACUGUGCCCCACGAGUAGGGGGGAGGCUAUCUCCCGUGCCCUGCCCCUCCACCUGGAACAAAGGAGCUCUGCGGCCAGCCAGGCCAUCCACCCCCCCCCCCCCCCCGCCUUGCCCUUUCCCCUCGGAGGCCAGGGGGACUUGGGCUCACCCAGGACUUUCAUCUUUACACAGGUGUUGAUUCUAUAUAUAAAUAAAGCCUACCGAUUACCAAG